UCCGGGCGGUCGCUCGGCUUGUCUCGGGCUGGGUAGCCGACCGCGCCUGCCUUCCUCGCCGCCGCGCUUCGGCCCCAUGGACGCCCUGUGCGGCUCCGGGGAGCUCAGCUCCAAGUUCUGGGACUCCAAUCUGUCCAUGCACACAGACAACCCGGACCUCACUCCCUGCUUCCAGAACUCCCUGCUGGCCUGGGUCCCCUGCAUCUACCUGUGGGCCACCCUCCCCUGCUACCUGUUCUACCUGAGGCACCACGGUCAAGGCUACAUCAUCCUCUCCCACCUCUCCAAGCUCAAGACGGCCUUGGGCGUCCUGUUGUGGUGUGUCUCCUGGACUGACCUCUUCUACUCCUUCCAUGGCCUGAUCCACGGCCGGGCCCCUGCCCCUGUCUUCUUUGUCACCCCCUUGGUGGUGGGGGUCACCAUGCUGCUGGCCACCCUGCUGAUCCAGUACGAGCGGCUGCGCGGGGUGCAGUCCUCGGGGGUCCUCAUCAUCUUCUGGUUCCUGUGUAUGGUCUGCGGCAUCAUCCCUUUCCGCUCCAAGAUCCUCUCUGUCCUGGCCAAGGGCAAGGUCGAAGACCCCUUCCGCUUCACCACCUUCUACGUCCACUUCGCCCUGGUGCUCUUUGCCCUCGUCCUGUCCUGCUUCAGGGAAAAGCCGCCACUUUUCUCCCCAAAAGAUGCCGACCCUAACCCCUGCCCAGAGGCCAGUGCUGGCUUCAUCUCCCGCCUGACUUUCUGGUGGUUCACAAAGAUGGCCAUCCGCGGGUACCGGCGCCCCCUGCAGGAUCGAGACCUCUGGUCCCUGAACAAGGAGGACCGCUCCCAGAUGGUGGUGGAGAGGCUGUUCAAGGCAUGGAAGAAGCAGCAGAAGAGGGCAGCAGGGACCAGACACCAGCCUGAGGCGGCAUCUGGGAAGAGAGUCUCCGGUGAGGAUGAAGUGCUGCUGGGGGCCCGGCCCAGGUCCCCGGAGCCCUCCUUCCUGAAGACCCUGAUAGCCACCUUUGCGCCCAGCUUACUCAUCAGCAUCUGCUUCAAACUGAUCCAGGACCUGCUCGCCUUUGUCAAUCCGCAGCUGCUCAGCGUCCUGAUCAGGUUUAUUUCAAACCCCACGGCCCCCACCUGGUGGGGCUUCCUAGUGGCCGGGCUGAUGUUCGUGUGCUCCAUAAUGCAGACUCUGAUCCUACACCAGUAUUUCCAGUGCAUCUUUGUAAUGGCGUUGAGGAUUCGCACGGGGGUUGUGGGUAUCAUCUACAGGAAGGCUCUGGUCAUCACCAAUUCAGUCAAACGUGAGUCCACUGUGGGAGAAAUUGUCAACCUCAUGUCGGUGGACGCCCAGCGCCUCAUGGAAGUUGCUCCCUUCCUCAACCUGCUAUGGUCAGCACCCUUGCAGAUCUUCCUGGCAAUCUACUUCCUCUGGCAGAACCUGGGUCCCUCCGUCCUGGCUGGAGUCGCUCUUAUGGUCUUGCUGAUCCCACUCAAUGCAGCUGUGGCCAUGAAGAUCCGUACUUUCCAGGUAAAGCAAAUGAAGUUCAAGGACUCACGCACCAAGCUGAUGAACGAGAUCCUGAGUGGCAUCAAGGUGCUGAAGCUGUAUGCCUGGGAGCCCAGCUUCCUGAAACAGGUGGAGGGCAUCCGGCAGAACGAACUCCAGCUGCUGCGCCAGGCUGCCUACUUCCACGCCGUGUCUACCUUCAUCUGGACCUGCACCCCUUUCCUGGUGACCCUGAUCACCCUCGGGACGUACGUGACUGUGGAUUCAAACAACGUGCUGGACGCUGAGAAGGCCUUUGUGUCCAUAUCUCUGUUUAAUAUCUUAAAGAUGCCCCUCAACAUGCUUCCCCAGUUAAUCAGCCUCAUGGCCCAGACCAGCGUGUCUCUGAAACGGAUCCAACAUUUCCUGAGCCAAGAUGAGCUUGACUUCGAGUGUGUGGAAAGAAAGACCAUCGCCCCAGGCCAUGCCAUCACCAUACAUAACGGCACCUUCACUUGGGCCCAGGACCUGCCCCCCGUCCUGCACAGCUUAAACAUCCAAGUGCCAAAAGGGGCACUCGUGGCCGUGGUGGGGCCCGUAGGCUGUGGGAAGUCCUCCCUGGUGUCUGCCCUGCUGGGAGAGAUGGAGAAGCUGGAAGGCAAGGUGUAUAUGAAGGGCUCUGUGGCCUACGUGCCCCAGCAGGCGUGGAUCCAGAACUGCACUCUUCAGGAAAACGUGCUGUUUGGCCAAGCCCUGGACCCCAAGCGCUACCAACAGGCGCUGGAGACCUGUGCCCUGCUAGCCGACCUGGAGGUGCUGCCUGGCAGGGACCAGACAGAGAUUGGAGAGAAGGGCAUUAACCUGUCUGGGGGCCAGCGGCAGCGGGUCAGUAUGGCCCGAGCUGUUUACAGUGCUGCCGACAUUUUUUUGCUGGAUGACCCACUGUCAGCUGUGGACUCCCAUGUGGCCAAGCAUAUCUUUGACCAAGUCAUCGGGCCAGAGGGUGUGCUGGCAGGCAAGACGCGGGUGCUGGUGACGCAUGGCAUCAGCUUCCUGCCCCAGACAGACUUCAUCAUAGUGCUGGCUGACGGACGGGUGUCUGAGGUGGGCACCUACACAGCCCUGCUGCAGCGCAACGACUCCUUUGCCAACUUCCUCCGAAACUACACACUGGAUGACAAUGGGGAGCACCUGGAGGAGGACAGCAGGGCCGCUUUGGAGACUGUAGACGACGAGGAGAUGCUGCUGAUUGAAGACACGCUCAGCAGUCACACGGACAUGAUGGAGAAUGAGCCAGUCAUGUAUGAGGUCCAGAAGCAGUUUAUGAGACAGCUGAGUGCCAUGUCCUCGGAAGGGGAGGGCCAGGGUCGGCCUGUGUCCCGGAGACGUGUGGGUCCAGCAGAAAAGGUAGUGCCCGUAGCAGAGGCGAAGGCAAGCGGGGCGCUGAUCCAGGAGGAGAAGAUGGAGACAGGCACUGUGAAGCUGAGUGUGUUCUGGGAUUAUGCCAAGGCCAUGGGACUCUGUACAACACUGGUCGUCUGUCUGCUGUAUGCGGGUCAGAGUGCAGCUGCCAUUGGGGCCAACGUUUGGCUCAGCGCCUGGACUAACGAGGCCAUGGUGGACAGCCGCCAGAACAACACCUCCCUGAGGCUGGGUGUCUAUGCCACCUUGGGAAUUCUGCAAGGGUUCCUGGUGUUGCUGGCAGCCGUCACGAUGGUGGUGGGCAGCGUCCAAGCUGGGCGCUUGCUUCACCAGGCGCUGCUACACAACAAGAUGCGCUCACCACAGUCCUUCUUCGACACGACGCCCUCAGGCCGUAUCCUCAACCGCUUCUCCAAGGACAUCUAUGUCAUCGAUGAGGCUCUGUCUCCCGGCAUCCUCAUGCUGCUGGGUACCUUCUUCAAUGCACUCUCCAUCCUCGUGGUCGUCAUGACCAGCACACCGCUCUUCACGGUGGUCAUCCUGCCCCUGGCUGUCCUCUACAUCUUGGUGCAGCGCUUCUAUGCAGCCACAUCACGGCAACUGAAGCGUCUGGAAUCGGUCAGUCGCUCGCCCAUUUAUUCACGCUUUUCGGAGACGGUAACUGGCUCCAGCGUCAUCCGGGCUUAUGGCCGCAGCCAGGACUUCAUAGCCCUCAGUGAUGCUACAGUGGACACGAACCAGAGGAGCUGCUACGUCGAUAUCGCCUCCAACCGGUGGCUGGGGGUCCAUGUGGAGUUCACGGGGAACUGUAUUGUGCUCUUUGCUGCCCUCUUUGCUGUGAUUGGGAGAAGCAGCCUGAGUCCGGGGCUGGUGGGCCUUUCUGUGUCCUAUGCCCUACAGGUGACAUUUAUUCUGAACUGGAUGAUCCGAAUGAUGUCAGCCUUGGAGUCUAAUAUCGUGGCCGUGGAGAGAGUCAAGGAGUACUCCAAGACGGAGACGGAGGCUCCUUGGGUGGUGGAGGGCCGUCGCCCCCCCGCAGGCUGGCCCUCGCAGGGCGAGGUGGAGUUCCGCAACUACUCUGUGCGCUACCGGCCGGGCCUGGAGCUGGUGCUGAAGGACCUGAGUCUGCGCGUGCGCGGUGGUGAGAAGGUGGGGAUCGUCGGCCGCACUGGUGCUGGCAAAUCGUCCAUGACCCUCUCCCUGUUCCGCAUCCUGGAGGCCGCAGGGGGGGAAAUCCGCAUUGACGGCCUCAACGUGGCAGACAUAGGACUCCAUGACCUGCGUUCUCAGCUGACCAUCAUCCCCCAGGACCCCAUCCUCUUCUCGGGGACCCUGCGUAUGAACCUGGACCCCUCUGGCAGUUACUCAGAAGAAGACUUAUGGCGGGCCUUGGAACUGUCCCACCUGCACGCGUUCGUGAGCUCGCAGCCAGCGGGCCUGGACUUCGAGUGCUCCGAGGGUGGGGAGAAUCUCAGCGUGGGCCAGCGGCAGCUCGUGUGCCUGGCCCGAGCCCUGCUCCGCAAGAGCCGCAUCCUGGUUUUAGAUGAGGCCACGGCCGCCGUCGACCUGGAGACUGACGACCUCAUCCAGGCUACCAUCCGCACCCAGUUUGAGAGCUGCACGGUGCUGACCAUCGCACACCGGCUCAACACCAUCAUGGACUACAACAGGGUCCUGGUCCUGGACAAAGGGAUGGUAGCUGAGUUUGACUCUCCCGCCAACCUCAUUGCGGCCAGAGGAAUCUUCCACGGGAUGGCCAGAGACGCUGGACUUGCCUAAAUAUAUUCCUGGGAUUGCCUCCUGGCCCUUCCUGCCUUUCAUCAGUAAGGGCAAGGACACCAAAUCUGUCUGCAGAAUGGACCUGAUGGCCAGCGCUGGGGGCGUGUUAGAUUCUGCCCCUAGAAAGUGGCUCACAGGAUCACCGUCGCCACUGGCUUGAGGCAGAGCCCAGACCAGUCCCCCGUCUCCUAAUCCCCAGUGUCCUGUGAUUCCCACACUUCACCGUUCUCAAUCGUUUCAUGGAAUGACCUCUCUACCCCUUUUGAUUUUUCAUAUUUUCUACUCUGAAGUAUUUUUUUUUAAUAAAGCUUUUUCCUCCUGGAACAGAAGAUGGCUGGGUCAGGCUGUCCCUAGGAACUGAGUCCUGUACUCUGGAGUGCUGGCCUGAAUCCAUUAAAAAUGGAGCACUGAUGAAAUAAAGCUAUGUGGUCAACAGCUUA